UGGUUUCAGUUGCAGCUAUUUCCAAAUGCCACUUUGGGGUAGAAAUCAAGAAUGGAAACAAUGUAUUUUUAGAAUUGGUAGGGCACCUGCCUCAAAAAUUCUUAUCUAUCAUAUCACCGUUAUAGAGUCCUUAUGUUUUAAAUAUCUCCUGAUGUAUUUUACUGAUAUGUUUGCUUGUUUGUCUUGUAGCCACUCCUACAUGUUGCUUCAUGGAAACAGAGUGCAAAUUCCAUCUAAGUCAGGACACAACAGAGGAGCAGUUCCUGUCAAACAGGAAUAUUGAAAACACUUCCAGUGAGAUAAGGAGCUAGAGAGAGGAACGGAGGGUAAUUGUUCAGAUGUGAGCAUUCCCUCACCUUGGUGCUGAACCUGUGGGAAUGUGUAAUUAGAAAUGACCAGAAAAUGUCAAGCCUCUUAGGGGAUUUCCAUGUUCAGAGAAAGAUGGUGUGACCCAGGGGGUAGUUCAGAAUGACUGAGGAAGGCAUCUACUCAAGGAGGGUGGGGGCUAGACUUCAGCCCCAUUCACAUUCGCAGAGCCAGUAUUUCCAGGACCCCAACAGGGAACGCUAAAAAGCUAAGAGACACUAGGGACUGUGAAAGCCCAGGGAUGGGACUUGGAGAUCAUAGAUAACAGGAACUCUAGGCCUCGGCCACAGCUGUGUCCAUGAUGUCCAAAGGGGUGACCACUCAAUGAACCUGCACAGGACACCCAGUGACCAGUACAGAAUUGAUUGCAGAGACAUUGCAGGCAACCCCUGUGAAAGGGUUGUUCGACCCCCAAAGGGGUCAUGACCCACAGGUUGAGAAACGCUGCCUUGAAUGGACAAAUGUAAUUUCUUUAUUCUACCAUCAAGCAGGAGCUGGGGUGGAGCAGAAAAGAAGCAAGGACAGAAAAAAGAAGAAAACGUCUCCAGUCGUUAUUUACUCUGCAUUCAGAGAUGCUGUUUUGCUGUUUCCGGGCUGUCCCUGGUGUCCUGGUUUGGAGGCAGCCAAAGCAGGACCCAGAAGCUCUACCUGGUUGUCCCUCCUGCACAAAGCAAAGCCGUGGCCAUGAGCAGCACACGUCCUGUGACACAGAAACUUCCAAGUGCACAGCUGGCUUUUUAUGUUGGUUCCAGGACCGGCUACAUCAUUUGUGGAGCCCAGUGCAAAAUGAAAAUGUGGGGAACCCUGUUUAAAAAUCAUUAUGAACGUCAAGGUAGUGACAGCAGAACAUUAAACCAAGCUCAGAACCCGUCUGCGCGUGGGGCCCUGUGUGACUGCAGAGGUUGCACAUCUGUGGUGCUCACCUCAUCUUCUGCUAAGUCCUUCUCUGACCUUAGAGCACCAGCUCUGUGUAGCCAGAAUGCCACUAACCCAGUUACCAUUUUAGCUGCUUUUCUGCAACCUUUGUUUCUUAGCAUCCUGACUGUCUCAGUCAUAUAAAAUGUCAUUUAUAUUCA